AUGAGUGAAAAAUUAUCUACAACCAUCACACAAGACGCAUCUGUCACUGAUACUAGUGAACUUGAUAAUGUCUUGUAUUUCAUCAAACAGAAUAAAGAAAUAACUGAUUCUGAAUCUACUAUUGAUGCUGCUAAGAUAAUUUGGAAAUUAGAUUUCAUUAUCCUUCCCUUGUUGUGUUGUGUUUAUUUUUUACAAUUUUUAGAUAAAUCAUUGUUAAACUAUGCUGCAGCAAUGGGAAUUAAAAAAGUCUUGCAUAAUAAUGGUAUUGGUAAUAACCAAUUUGCUAACUUAUCAACAAUGUUUUAUGCAUCAUAUAUAUUUGGUGAACCGAUAAUGUCAUAUAUUUUACAACGAUAUCCAUUAGGUAAGUCACUUGGUGUUUGUAUUGUACUAUGGGGAGUUGUCGUUACUUGUCAUUCUGCAUGUUCUAGUUAUGCUUCAUUAAUGAUAGUUCGAACUUUAUUAGGAAUAUUUGAAUCCAGUUCUGCUGUUGGAUUAAUCACUAUUAGUGGCAUGUAUUAUAAUAAACGACAACAAGUUGCUAGAAUGGGAAUAUGGUCAAUUAUGGCUGGUACAGCAACCAUAGUUGGUGGGUUAUUAUCGUUUGCAUUUCAACAUAUACAUGUUCAAAAAUUCAAAUCAUGGCAAAUAUUAUUUCUUGUUAUUGGAUUGAUUACUAUUGUUUUUGGGUUUUUUGUCAUGGUUUAUUUACCUGAUAAUAUCGAUACAGUGUGGUUUUUAAAUAACCAAGAAAAAUUAUAUAUUUUGAAUCAUACUGUGAGACCAAAUCAAACUGGAACUAAAAGUUCAAAAUUCAAAUGGAAACAUAUAAAAGAAUUAUUAAUUUAUGAUAAGUUUACUUGGCUUUAUUUUUUAUUAACUAUUUGUUCUCAGAUUGUCACUGGUGCUAUUGGUACUUUUAGUGUUACCAUUACCCUUUCAUUUGGAUUUGAUUCUUAUCAAUCAGCUUUAUUACAAUUACCUAUUGGGGUAUUGAUUAUAAUUAUCAUUUUAACAGCAACUCAAUUAGUAUCUCAAUUUGGUCAUAUUACCUAUAUUAUAAUAUCAAUGUUUAUUCCAACAAUAGUCGGAGCUAUAAUAUUGAUUAUUUCUCCUAAUAAAAUUGGGAAUAUUAUGGCAUUAUAUUUGCUUUAUAGUGGAUCAUCAGUAAUCACAUUAAUUUAUUCUUGGACAAGUGUCAAUACUGCUGGUACUUCAAAAAAAAUUUUCCGUAGUGGUAUGAUAAUGAUUGGAUUUUCCAUUGCUUGUAUAAUUGGUCCUCAAUUAUUCCAAAAUUAUAGUGCUCCACAAUAUCAUCCAGCAAAAAUUGUUAUUUUAAUUACUCAAUGUAUGUGUAUCCCUAUAACUUGGUUAAUUGGAUGGUUAUGUAAACUUGAAAAUUCUAAAAGAGAUCAAAAAAUCAAUCAAAGUAAUAAUAAUAAUAAUAAUAAUAAUAAUAAUAAUAAUAAUGACAUGCCAGAGAAUUUUGAAUUUUUUGAUUUGACAGAUAUAGAAAAUACUCAAUUUAGAUAUACUUAUUAG